CGACGCUGGACACGGUCAACAAUCUCGGGGUCCUGUACUACAGCCAAGGCAAGAUGGCGGAGGCGGAGGAGAUGUACUUGCGGGCGCUGCGCGGGUACGAGAAGCUGUCAUGGGUCUCGCCGGCUCGUAUAAAAUUCGUGAAACAGUCUUUAUCAUCUUUGCGCGAACGACCGAGCCGCUCUCACAACGAGCAAUCGAGCGAGAGCAUCCCACGCAAUGGCGACAACUAUGCGAUACUGUCGGCGACGCCUCUGAACACAGGGGUUGCAGAGAGUCCCACAGCACUUAGCAAGUUGAUGCGCAAGAUGUGGAAACGCUGGUAGCUUAGAUAACCUUAUGAAUUGAAGUUCUCUAUGUAGUACAUUCUGAUGUCAAUCUAAGAUAAUGUUCCUAUAUAAACUUGAAUUGAUCAUCCUUGUAUCGCGUUGUUAUCGUCUCCACGAGGACUGUCGGUGAUUGGACAAUCCACAAGAACUAACUGUACAGACGAAACAACUGGCGCUGUAGACCACAGUGGU